AUGACGUCGGCUUCAGAGAGGGACGCUGAUUCGUCCCAGGGAGUGGGAGGGAGGAGAACCGCCGCGACAAACGGUACGGCAGACAGCGGCGACUAUGAGGCUAGUGAAACGACCGGUUUGCUAGGCAGGAACGCAGACGGCAAUGCUCGUCGUGCUCCGACACAGGAUGCAGCGUGGGCAGGGAGCGAGGACUUUGCGGGGCUACCAUGGUGGAAGCGGCCUUCUGUUGCGUUCCUCGUCGGUCCAUACGCUAUUUUCACGCUCGCGUUUGGCGGCUCACUCGUGCCAAAGCUGAACUUGGUCAUCGAUCUCGUGUGCAAACACUACUUUGCGGACCGGUCCGCUACCGACCCAGACUUCCCGUUUACCCCGGUAAUCCCCGGGGGCAACAACCGGCAAUGCUUCAUCCCGGAAGUGCAAAAGCAAGUGGCCACCUUCCAGCUGGCGCUCACAGUCAUCAUUGGGAUCCUGAGCUCGCUCACCGCGCCGAAGCUCGGGUCACUCUCGGACCGCUAUGGCCGCAAGCGUAUGAUAAUUAUAUGCUCCUUAGGCGGCAUCCUGUCUGAGCUAGUCACCAUCGUGGCCGCCAAGUUUCCCGAGACUGUGUCUUACCAAUGGCUGCUGCUGGGCUCCGUUUUCGAAGGCCUCGCGGGGUCGUUUACCGCCGGGAGCGUGUUGAGCAAUGCCUACACCAGCGACUGCACCCCGCCGUCAAAACGUGGUGUGGCCAUCGGGUAUCUGCACUCGUGCCUAUUUGGGGGUCUCGCGUUCGGGCCCCUGAUUGCCGGUUACCUUGUGGAAUGGACAGGCUCGUUGAUAUCCAUCUUCUACAUCCUGCUCGGUUGCCACAUCACCUUCGUCCUCUUCAUGGCCUUCAUCAUCCCCGAGUCUCUUUCCCGAAAACGGCAGUUGUUAGCAAGAGAAAAGCACCGGCGCAAGAAGGAAGCCCUCGGGUUGACUUCCCCAUACGCGGGCAUCCCACGAUCCCAGAUCCCGUUCACCUACAAAGCUCACCGUUUCAUCCGUUCUUUCUGGACCUCUAACCCCCUUGCGCCGCUCGAGAUCCUCUUCCCCACCGGUCCUGGGACUGCCCGGCUCCAGCGCAACUUUUUAUUCCUCGCCUUCAUCGACGUAGUCAUCCUCGGCGCCGCAAUCAGCGCCAGCCCCGUCAUCGUCAUAUACGUUGAGUACAUGUUUGAAUGGGGCAACCUCGAGAGCUCCCGCUUCGUCUCGAUGGCCUCCAUGGUCCGCGUCCUCGUCCUCAUCAGCAUCCUGCCCCUAACCAACUACCUCUUCCGCAAGCGGCCAGCUGCGAAGCGUCUCCGGGAACAACAGCGCCUCAACCCAACGGCCGAUCCCGCCUCCCUCGCCCAGCCCGAAAAGAACCGCGGCGCAGACGAAGUUGACAUCUGGAUCUUACGUGCCGCUCUCCUUUCCGACGUCGUCGGCGUCACGGGGUACAUUUUUGCACGCUCGGGCCCGGUCUUCGUCCUCAGCGCUUUUGUCACCUCCAUCGGCGGCCUCGGCUCUGCCACAAUUCAGGCGGCUAUCACCAAGCAUGUGCCGCCGCAACGCGUGGGCCAGAUGCUAGGCGCGAUCGGGCUGCUGCAUGCGCUGGCGCGGAUUGCGGCGCCCAUUGUGUUUAACCAGCUGUAUGCCGCGACGGUGGAGAGUUUUCCGCAGGCGUUUUUUGUGUUGCUGGCUGGGCUGUUUGCGCUAGCGUUUGGCGCGUCGUUCUUUGUGAUACCGCAUGUGUAUAUGAAGGGCGAAGACGAGGCGGGAGAAGAAGAAGAGAACGACCGGACGACAAGUCGGGAGGGUAACCAGUCAGUCCAGGCGCGGCAAGAUGCGUUAGAGGACGACCAGCUCCUAUCGAGCGUGUAA